AUGAUUCCAACAGAUUUUGUAUGCCACCAUUGCUUCAAGAACUCUUUUGUUAGUGCUACACCAAUUGCUGCUUCUUCUUCACCCUAUUUAACCAUUAUUCACUUCAGUUUCAGUUUAAUAAAUCAUUAUUGGUACAUAAGACCCAAUGAUCAACCACCCGAAUACUGGGGUGUAAUACUAGAAAACUGUCCAACCACGUCAACUCCAAUUAUUAUUCAUCUUUUCGAUACCAUGUUCUAUGAGAAACUCAAUCACGCUAUAUCACAUGUGCUUGGGACUUUUGAGGACGUGUUUGAAGAUCAACAAUACGGUAUAGUUGAAGAAACAAUUCGUCAGUUGCAAAGCAUCAGGGCUAGUACUGAGAUGUCAGAGGUAUGUGUGCACGCGGAAUUACAGAUUGAUCACUAUUGCGAUGGAAGAAUUUUGUUAGCGUUUGAAGAAUCAUCAUCCACAGAUGGAAUGGUGCCCGCAAGUAAAUCAUCAAUAGAGUUGCUCGAGCCGGUGGAAGCUAAUGAAAGAAAUAGCAACGAUGAGUGUUUGGUAUGUCUAGACGAGCUAGGGGAAGAAACUCAAGUAGUGCGAUUGCCUUGUUCUCAUAUGUUUCAUGCCGAGUGCAUUACCAAGUGGUUAGAGAAUAGCCAUUACUGUCCGCUUUGCCGCUUUGAGAUGCCCACUAAUUAG